AACUUUUGAAUUAGCAAAAUGUCUCUGAUAAUUUUCCCACGGUCUGAAAAAUCAGAGGCAUAAAAGCAUUUAGUGUAGAGAAGGCUGUGUCGGAAAGACUAAACUCUGAGAAAGGUGGAAAAUUUGCCUAAGCACAAACGUGUUUUUGUGAAAAUGGGUCUCGAAAGUCCUUCGGGCAACCCCAGCAGUGACGACAGACGAAAGUCCUCCAAGCCCUUAAUGGAGAAAAGACGAAGGGCACGGAUAAAUCAGAGCCUGAACGAGUUAAAAAACCUCAUCUUAGAAGCUAUGAAAAAAGAUACGUCUUGCUACUCCAAAUUAGAGAAAGCGGACAUUUUAGAAAUGACGGUGCGUUAUUUACGCUCAGUGAGGAAUCAGAAUAUGACAGCUCGUGUGAAUAACACCGCAGAUCCUAACACCAUGGCGCGGUAUCGAGCCGGUUACAACGAAUGCGUCAACGAGGUGAAUCGAUAUCUUAUGUCAUUUGAUGGAGUGGACGUGCAAGUCCGCGCGCGGCUACUCUCGCAUCUCGCUUCGUACUGUACACCCUGCGCGCCUAUGAUGAAACCAGCGCCGCCGACACCGGAAAAGCUUCCGUUGCCGCAAUCUCAAGCCAUCACCUUGCCAAUGGCCUCUCCUCUAGGAUCAACAAGUUUCGCUCUCUCUACUCCAAGUCACACGAAAGGUUUAGACGCAGCCCCUAAUCUGUUGAACACCACUCAAUUUCAAAUCGUUCCAGGACAGUUAGCGAACGGGAAAAUUGCCGCCGUGCUCGUACCGAGCCAAAACGCUCCCUUAGCGAUGGUUUCUAGCCCGCAAUUAAUCCCGGUGUUUAAUAAAUCAGUCAACGAUUUUCAAGCUUUUCAAGGACUUCACGUUCCCGAUCCACAAGUUUUAAGAACGGAAAGUGACCCCUUAUGGCGACCAUGGUGAGGAAUGCAGGAACAAAAAAAAGGUUCCUUUUUUUGUUGUGGCCAAAAACACUUAUUGUAAUUUCAAAAACAAAAGUGAAAUUCAUUGCCACACUUCAAAAGACAGCUAAUAAUUUGUAAAUAUCGCCUAACGACCAAGUAUUGUUCCUUUGUAUUGUACACAAUGACUGUGAAAGAGUUAUUAAAAUUUUUAGGCUUUUUCGUACUUUUUCGCGUGGGGGUCUUAGCUUUUCUCUCGAGUUGUUUGUUGUGAGAACGUAAGAACAUUAAGAUUUCUCUGUUACAUUUAACAGACACAUUCAUGAGAAAUUAAACUGAGAAUAAACUGUGCAAA